AUGAAAAUGGUAUUAGAUUACCUCAGAUAUCAACUGAAAACAGUGUGUGUCACAACAGAAGGGAUUGGCUACAAGUUGCGCGUCCUGUGCAGUGAAUGUGAACCAACGGAGCAACCUCAUUUGCAUGGUCUUGAGGAUUGCUUGAAGAAGAAGGUUCGAUGUGGAAAAAUGGCAAUGAAUACGUCUCGCCUCAAAAGACUAUUUUCAGCAGAGUCUCCAGCCUCGCCCGAAAACAUUCAACCAAUGCAAUCAAUGCAACUGAGAAAAAGUAAUCUAGACAGAUUAGUCAGUGAGCUUGAAUUAAACACAUUUUCUGGAAAUAUUGGAGCUGAUUGGAAAAGCUUCGUACGUAGUCUUGGAUUAAAGAAUAGAGAGAUCUUCUAUGCAACUGCCGACGAGAGAACAGAAAGAGAUAGGAUAUUCUCUUGUCUCCUCAAGUGGAGAGAUAAAGAAGCCCAUAAUGCAACUGUCAAAGCGCUUGUUGACAAGUGCAUUAAUCAUCAAAUUGACUUAGACGUUUAUGCGUUUCUUGCAGAAUGAUAGAAUUUUAAAAGUGGAGACAAUUGCUUUUGUCAUUUUCCUUUUAGUAAGUUCUGAUCUUAAUAGUCACAUGGUCAACUUAAGCCUUGUUUUUUGAUAGUAGUUUGACAUUCCAGACAAUAGCAGGCCUAGUAUUGAACUAUAUAUAACGUACAUUACUAAUUAUAUACAUUAACAGUUUUUAACUUGUCAUAAAUAUCAGUUAAUGCUAAAAAUAUUCUAAAUGGUAACUUCGACGGAGCCUACUGCCGCAAAAAGUUAAACAAAAGCAUUGCGCAAGUCAUUACUUCGAUUCUCACAUUAACCCUUCUUAAUGUGAGAGUGUAAAAUUGCUCUCAUAACCUUUAAAAAAAAUCAAAUCAAGCCUAAAUAAAAUAGUUAAUGUCAGAUGUGCUUUCUGGAAUGUGGACAAUUUAUCAAAACUUGUAAAAUCAAAAGUAGUUUAAUAUUAUUGUGUGGCAUAAUGUAAGUUAAUAAAUACUGUAGUUCUGUUUUGUCUAUGAUCUGUUUACUGUCCACAAACCAAGUAAAAUCAUAGCGCAUUUAAAGUAUUGGCCUAUUAUAAUUGGAUAUUAAUAGCUAAAUAUGGAUAUAAAGGGUGUAAAAUAUUCUAACAAGGAAGUAACAACAUACUCUCUCAUUUAAUUGAAGAGUUAACAGUGAUGAUUCAGAGGGACAGUCCCUUUUUAUCUUGUAGGCUCUUAUGUAUUUAGGUAUGCUUUUUAAUACAGACAUCUAAGCAUGAUCGUCAGUAAAUUUCCCGCACGAUUAAAAAUCGAAAACGGUGCUAGGUCUGAACAUGAUUUGGUUGCAUUGGCACAUUUCUCAGUUAAAAUCAGCAUUCUUCUAGAGAUUAGGUCUAAAUUAGUAUACUUUACAGCUAGGCUGUUGAAAUAUUCUGUGGUUUCUUAAACUCAUAGUAUUUAGAUGAAUCAGUGGUCAUAACGGAUAUCUUUAGUCUGCGAAGACUCAAUGGUUCACAUUUACAUGCAAUAAGAGCAUCCUUGUAAUUUGUAAAAUCUGUAUCAAGAAUAAUUAUUACAAGCACGUUUUGAAUCCAUUCUAAU